AUGCCCCACCUCGUGCUCAAGUUCGCCGUUUCGUUCGUCCUGGAAAGAAACAGGCAGUACGUCCCCCCGGGAGUCACCGUGGUGCGGCAGCGGGGCGAAGAAGGCUUCGUGACGUCCGUCCUCUUCCCGUUCGGGUCGCUCCAGGAGGACUCGCCGGCCUGGGCAUGCGCGGUGUACGGAAGCUGGGAGGUGAAGGCGUGCGGAGCGUGCCGGGCGGUGGCCUAUUGCAGCGCAGGUGAGCCGUCGACCAUCGAUCUCGUUCGCGACCCUCUCUCAUGCCCCCUCUCCCUCCCGCUCGCCCGCUCGGACGUUCAGAGUGUCAACGGGCACAUUGGGACGUCCACCGUGUGGGACGCGUUCUGGCGCCGCUACGGGCGUGCCGAGCUCUCCGACCGCACGGGCGAGUGGGCGCGCGGGUCGAGGAUGACGCGGGCAUGCGGGUCGAGGACAGCACAGGCGCGGGACGGCGAGCGCGCGCAGGUCAAGGACAGCGUGGCCGUGUGGCUUGAGGACGGCGGAGUGGCGCGGGUCAAGGGCGGCGCGGAGGUGCACGGCGAGGGAGACGUCUGGCUGUUGGGGGUGGCGCUGUCGAUCUCGGCGUUGGUGGAGAAGUGGGGGAAGCGUGGGCACUGGUGCAGAGUGAAUCUGAAUGGCCUUGGGCAGGGCGAGAAGCGCAGCGAGGCUGUGAAAGACUUCUUCGACCAUUACUUCAACCCCUUCGGCUACAUUCCCAUCCACAAAGAGCACCGUGUACUAUUCGACCAGGACACCGCGACACAUGGGCUCACCCAAUCGGAGUACGACAAAUGGUUCAACUCCUACCGCGGCUGCGAGCGCACUCCCGUUUGCAAGUGCCACGUCAAGCUCUAUGUUCGACCAUCUCACGAUCAUCGCCCAGGCCAGCCAGGAGGCUAUAGUGAGGUCUUCCUCUUCCUCAUGUGCAAGAUGGCCAUGCGCGAAGUCUGCGCGCUCAAGAAGAUGAAGAGACGGACACUCUUCAAGCAGCCCCUACUUGCGCUCGCCACGCUGCUUCUCGCGCUUCCCACACUGUCAACAUGGACGCGCAUAGUCACCCCCGACCUCGACAAGCUUGUGCCGUUCCUCCCCGACGCUGGCAUGGACUACGGGGCCUCAUUACAGACCUUCCGUGAAGGCAUCCCGUUCUGGCGUAUGUGGGUCUUUCUCCUGGCCGCACUCUCCCUCGUGCCCACCGACACCCUCCCCGCCGACUCGGAUGUCUCGAGCGUUGUUGACCUCGGUGCGACCACCGCGCAGCUCACGCCGGCGAUUGAGAGCGUGGCAGACACGUCCGCAUCCCUGUCCACCCUGGGAACCGGAUCCUGCCCCACGAAGCUGCCCACAUUCACGCACGCGCACAAGACGACGGUGACGUGCACGCCGCACCCGCUCGGCAUCGUCGUGCUCUCGCGUAUGAUCCACGAAGCGGACUUGGGCCCGGGCGUAAAGGCGCGCAAGAUCAAGUACAAGACGAUCCCGUCCGCAAUCCCCAUCAGCCUCCGGAGCCAGAUUGUCCCCAAGGACGUCGCUGCAGCCCCAGUGUCUCCCACGAGCUUCCCCUGGGCGAGGGCGACGAAGCUCGGCGCGGACCCGAAACGCGUCAGUCCGAAGGCCGCGAAGGACACCGGGCCGACCAAGUACGACCUCAUCUCCUCGCUCUCCCUCCGUGUCUUGCCCGAUCCGACCCCCUGUGGCCCGAAGGUCCGCCAUGCGCCCGUCGAGCGCGACGCCCUCACUGCGACCAAGACGCUGUGGCUCAUGCGCCUGCUUCCACACGCCUUUCAGAACCAUCAGCGCGUCUACGUCACGAUGGAAUACGUUCCGGGGGACCCUGCUCAUUGA